ACCCCAAGCAAGAGGACACAAAGCCACUGGAAUCUGAACCCAGACAUAGAGAGAGAGAGAGAGAGAGAGGGAGGGAGUCUCUUGCAGGCUUCCGACUUCGAAAAAGACGAGUUAAGAAAACGAAGUGCCCGAAAAGGAAAGGUCGGGAGUUUCAACGAAGUCCAUCCAUCUCCUUCCUCUCUCUCUCUCUCCAUCUCCGGCUUUCCCGGGAUUCUCUUCGUCGAUCUGAUUCCGGGUAAAGGGUAAAUGUAUCAACAGAGAAGUGUCCCUAGCUUGAGUCUAGUUCGCAACAACUCUUUUACUGAAGGUCAGCAGUUGGAUUGUGGUGCCGAUGCAAUGGUACCUAUGAAUGGAGGAAACAGUCUCAGCAACAACUCUAAUCUUGCAUCAAAGCAGCGGCUUCGUUGGACUAAUGAGCUUCAUGAACAAUUUGUUGAUGCUGUGGCACAACUUGGGGGUCCUGACAGGGCCACUCCUAAAGGCGUCCUUAGAGUGAUGGGAGUUCCAGGUUUAACAAUAUACCAUGUCAAAAGUCACUUGCAGAAGUAUCGACUAGCAAAAUAUUUGCCAGACUCUUCUUCUGAUGGAAAAAAUGCCGAGAAGAAAGAUUCAGCAGAUAUUGCUUCAAAUACAGAUGGUUCAUCUGGAAUGCAAAUUACAGAAGCUCUCAAGCUUCAGAUGGAGGUGCAAAAAAGACUGCAUGAGCAAUUAGAGGUUCAAAGACAGCUACAGUUACGGAUAGAAGCGCAGGGGAAGUACCUGAAGAAGAUCAUUGAAGAGCAGCAGCGCCUCAGUGGGGUUCUUACAGAUGGUUCUGGCUUGGGUGAUGAUUGCCUGGAAUCUGAUAAGAAGAGUGACCCAGCAACCCCUGCACCAACUUCCGAGUGCCCACUUCAGGAGAAGGCCUCUGAGGACCAUGCCCCAGGAAAGAGCCACUCAAUUGAUGAAUCGCUGUCUUCUCAUCAUGAACCACAGACCCCCGACUCCGGGUGCCAUGUGCGACCUAUUGCUGAGAGCCCUGAAGGAGAGAAGCAAGCGAAGAAGCAAAGGCUAACAGAGGAUACGGCGUAUGCUGCAGAAGAACUGUUUACCCCACAUCCGAUACUUGACUCAGGCUUGAACUCCUCCUACCAGCAAUCGCAUCCAGCUUUCCUGACCAGGGAGCAGUUUGAUCCCUCGCUGGGGAUCUCAAUUGCGAAUGGUGAACAACCGAGGAAAGUCUCCAGUGGUAGUCUAUAAUUCUUUUGACGCAUGGAAUAUGCAUUUGUAGACCUUUUCUUUCAGCCUUGUAUGUGUAACUUAUAGGAAGUCUUAAACUUCGUUGAAAUAACAAGUUUAGAAGCUUGUCUCGUCUGAGUAGUUCUGGAAGGUGUCUUAAUAACUGUUUUGGCAAUGAAUGACUUAUGCUUACAUUAUCUAGACUA